GAAACGACAAAAAAAAAACACUCAUUGGUGUGCCCUGCGGUUCCUUUCCUACAACGGAUUCAACGCGGUUCGUUGUUCAGUUCACUUUUCUCCCGUCAGUCAGUUGAGCGCAGUCGUGACGAUCGUACGUGUUUCGCUUCACUUCCAUUAAUUUCUUCCUGUUAUUUGCCAAAAAAACAAAAUUAGAGUGAUUUUGUAAUUCACAUUUGUUGCACGAAACUCUUUUUUCUUUGGAAAAUUGUGACGCAGAGGAAUUUGUUAUUUCCAAACUAGUUUCAUCUUCCAAAGUUCCUCAGGUGAAUGAUGCUUGAUACCAAUAACGGACCCCGCCCCCUAUUGAAGAAAACUCCUCAGGACUUGGCUCAUGUGGUGAAAGUCGGUGAGCUUCGCCCGGCGCCGCGUCCAGCGCACUCACCUUUGACAUCGGCACGAUCCCGUCGUCAUGUGGCCGAAUGCUGGCACGUCAUUUUCGCUCCCGAUGAAACACGUUUCGCUUGGCUUUGCGGAACCAGUCGCGUGCUCAUCGUCCCUUGGAAUCGAUUCAAAAACUGCCUGCUAUCGUUGGACAACACAGACGAUGAAGGGAACGAAAUCAAAGGCCAGGUGGUCUCCAUCGAUGCCGGAUCGCCCGUCAAUUCAGCUGGAUUCGGUAGUGGCACUCCGGAGAGCCAAUUGGCCCAUCCGCCGCAACGCCAGUAUUGGACGCGAUUCGAUUUCAGUAACAAGGAACUCGUCUUUGCCACGGGUCAUGUCAACGGACGCGUCCGCAUUUGGGAUGUUUACACUGGAUGCAAGCUGCUCGAGCUGAUGGACCACACGCAGGCCGUUCGAGACUUGGCCUUUGCACCGGACGGUUCACUUCGUCUCGUAUCCGCCUCACUGGAUCGAACCAUUAAAGUGUGGGAUUUGAGAGACGAUGGCAACAUGUUCAAAACUCUAAAAGGCCACUCAAAUGAAAUAUUUUGGUGUUGCUGGUCGCCCAACGCCCAAUUGCUGGCCUCGGCCGGCAUCGGCAAAUCAAUUAUGGUCUGGGACAUGGUCACCUAUUCGCUAGCGCGGACGUUGACUGGCCAUCACCACAACGUCAGCGCAUGCGAAUUCUCACCCGACGGAGCCAUUUUGGCCUCGUCCUCAUGGGACACGCGGGUCAUCUUAUGGGAUCCCUACACAGGAGUUGAGCUGAGGGAGCUGUGUCAUCAGUACCCACCGCCAAGGCCUAUUUUUGCCUCCGGAGCCAAUGGAUCAUGGGUUAGAGGCGUGGCUUACGCUCGUAAUGGAGGCCAAACGGCCACCAUCUCAGAUGACGGACUCAUCCGUUUCUGGAAUCUCUUGGAACCGGAGGUGGAUCCAUCAGCCAUUGCUCAGGGCGAUGAAGAAAUGGUCUGCUGCACUUUCUCACCUUCCGGUCGCGUUUUUGCCGUCGGGACAAAAGAGUCUCGUGUGUCUUUCUACCUGGCACCAAGGGUGGUCUUUUCCUUAAAGCACUUGGCUAGAAUGGCUGUCCGGCGUCAAGUGCUGGCCACCCCAAAUAUCGACCAAUUACUUCUUCCAGCUCCACUGAAAACUUACCUGAAAUAUCAGGAUUGGAUUUAAAAAAACAAAACAUUUUGAUCGUUUUUUUUUCCUUUCUGCGCGUGUGUUUCAUUCUGUGUGUGUGUGUGUGUUCUAUCUUCACUUGAAGGAAAGGGGGGGCUGACAUUUUCCUUCUAUAAACCCCAUUAACUGAAAAGAAAACUUGCGGAAAUCCUCCUUGCUGGACGUAGAAUUAAAGUAAAAAAACAAAAACAAAAAAACUUGUAGAAGAAAACUUGUAAAUUGCAUUGACUUUGCUCUCGGACAAUGACGUGUUGUUUUGUAUAGACACUUUUUGUCUGGGUUUUAUCUUAUUUCAAUGCAGUGCAUUGACUCCCAUCAAUUUCUGAUAUCUCCUCCUGUGAAAUAUUCGAAAUUGUUGGUUUAAAUAAUGAUUCAUAUUAUAUGAUAA